AUGACAUCAGACCAAAGCAGCAGUUUGAACAGUUUUGAGCAGACUACAGGUCAGCCAGUGACAUACAUCAACCCCGAGCUUACCCCGACGGAAAACGCCAAGCCAGGCCGCCAUGUCCACUUGCAAUUCGGCUACGGCCCCAUGCCCGUUACAACUACAGGCACCAGCACCGCCAACAACAAGACGAUAUUCUUCUUUGACAUAGAUAACUGCUUAUACCAUAAAUCCACACGCAUAUUCGAAAUGAUGCAAGUCAAGAUCCACGAUUACUUCAAGCACAAUUUGAAAUUGCUGGACGAAGAAGCAACGCAUCUCCACAUGGACUACUACAAGACGUACGGCUUGGCCUUGGAAGGGCUAGUCCGAAACCAUCAAGUCGACGCAUUGGACUACAAUUCCCAAGUUGACGAUGCGUUGGACUUGCACGCGGUGUUGAGGUACGACAAGCCCUUGCGCGAGGUGCUUUUGCAUAUUAAGAAUCUGGGCAAAUUCGACUACUUCUGGUUGGUCACCAACGCGUAUCGAAAUCACGCCUUGCGGGUCUUGAGCUUUUUGGGCAUUGGCGACUUGUUUGAUGGCUUGACCUAUUGCGACUAUGCGCGAGCCCCCAUUGUAUGCAAGCCCAUGGUUGGCUAUUUCGAGCGUGUUUUCGAGUUGACGCGCUUGAGCGACACGGACUUGAAGAGGCAAUGGUUUGUUGAUGAUUCCGCGUUGAAUGUGCGUGCUGCUUUCGACUUGGGGGUAGGGUACGUGAUUCACUACGUUGAAGACCCCGCGGAUCUUGCCCAGUUGAAGAAGAAGCUGGACUUUGAAAAGUAUUACGGUGGUGGCUCAGGUGAGGAAGGUCGGAGGAUUUUCAUCUUGACUGAUUUUCAAGACUUGCCUCACUUGGUUAACAGAGUUUGA